ACCUCGCGCCCGACGCACACCCCGCGCACGCGCUGCUCUCCGUCGCGCACGCGUUGCUCUUCCCCGCCAACACCAUCGCCGCCAAGGAUAGGAACCUCCUCCCGAUUGAAGAAGUCACCAUGCCUUCCGAUGACGUCAGCGACUUGAGAGACGUUGUCGACGCCAUCAAUAAACUCUGCGACACGAUGAAAACGUCCAGCUAUGACGAGGAAACUUUCGAAAGCUGCUCCCAGUCGGGCAGCGUUGAUUUAGUCGACGCGCUCAUAACUGAGGAGACGAUCCCCGAAGAAACGGUAGUCGAAGAAGUUGAGAGCGACCCCGACUGGUACGUCGCGUGUCAGGUGGAAACGGCGGAUCCGAGCGAAGUUAUAUUUAAGAAAGUGGAGCACUACAAUACGGAGACGUGGCGACAAUCCGUUUCUAGGUUAGAGGUGGUUUCGCCGGAGGAUGUAGUCGUGAGUACGGCCGCGACGUAUAUAGCGGAAACGUGGAGAUAUCCGCAAGCGGAAGUUCAGAUAACUGAGCACGAUAGAUGGAGCGAGACUUCGAGGUUAGAAAAAUUAGAAUUGGAGCAGAAAACGCACGAUAACAGUGAGAGGUCGACUAGAGACACAGCGAGUCAACAGGAAGUAUUGCAGAAAGCCAAAGCCGAGACGCAAGAUAGAUGGAGUGAUCCAUCGUCUAGAUCAGAAAUAGUAAGUCCAGAAUUUGUGCAAAGAGCGAAAGUAGAGACUCAAGAUAGAUGGAGUGAUCCUUCUUUGAGGUCAGAAAUAGUAAGUCCAGAAUUGGUGCAAAGAGCGAAAGUAGAGACUCAAGACAGAUGGAGUGAUCCCUCAUCUAGGUCAGAAAUAGUGAGCCCAGAGAUAGUGCAGAAACACGAGGGUUCAGUAGAGAGAUGGAGUGAUUCCAGCGUGUCCCUGCCGGGGCAGAUAGAAGAGGAGACAGUGACGUCUGACGAGCGACAAGCUCAUGAAAGUGAGAUGUACUACACUGCUUCGUCUGAAGUGUCCUUGCUCUCCGACUUGGAGGGAGCUGAUAAAGUACAAGAAGAGCCAGUAGAAAAGGAGGACGAUAGGAAAGAGUGUGUGAUAGCGGGUCACGUGGCCGCGAUGCGGGAGCGCUUCGAGAACAUGACGCGCGCCAACACGCCGUGUACGGACCUCGCGCGCUCGGCGUCGCCCGCGCUAGACGUCUUCACAAACGUUACGCCUUCCCCUGACCGUUUAGGAUAAAAGUUAGAGUACACGAAGCCAAUCUAAGUGACACUUGUUUAUAGAAACGCCACAUCGAAAUGAUUACGUAACUUCUCGUUCUUAUGUCUGAAACAUUUUUACCGUCGUCGAUAAACGAGUGUUACUUUGGCUCGGCCCCAGCGGUGGCAGCAUGGUUCCAUUUUUAUCACUUGUCACUAUGCCCGUUACUUUGGCGCUUACAUACUUGUUAGAACGUGUCAGGCAUGGUGAUAAAUGAUAAAGAGCCGACCAUCUUAGCCCUACAGGUUAGGGAAGAGGUAGAUUAGUUAGAUUAAAUCUUGAAUUGUUUGGGUUGUAAUAACCUUAAUGGAGUACUUGAGAGGUUAGAAGUUCUAUCGAAAUAUAUAUUUCUACUUUCUGCGUAAAAACUCUCGUGCAGAUUAUGCUAGUUAUUUGUGGUUGUAUGGUGCAUUUAUUUUUAAGUAUACAUGUAGACUAUCUUAGGCAGUCAAGGCAAUAGGUUUAUUCCACGAUAAGCGUUACUGUUAUAACUAGUCUACCUCUUUUCUUAGGUAUCAUAGACAAGACUGUAGAAGACGUACGUGGUUGAAAAAUAUAUCGGUAGAGGUUUUAACACCUGAACUACAUAGCGCUACGCCAUACGAAUAGGGUUGGCCGGUCGAAGUUUUAGAAAUGGCGCCGGCAUAAAUUUUACCUGUCAAUUCUUGUUUUUUUUUUAUGACCUGGAUGCUAGCUCAUUUUGCCAAAUCUCAUAGAAUAAAACUAGAGAGGUAAAACCUAUACUGGCGCCAUCUAUAAAACCCUUUCGAUAAUUGCUACUCUACUGCAGUAACUGUACUGUCAAACUUUAGCACUAGAGAAUCUAGUUGCGACGAAAAUAUAUGGCGCCUUGUAGCGCCAUCUAGCGGUUUCAGUUCUUAAAUCAGCUACACUAUAUCUUCAACUAUGCACUGUGUGCGGUCUAUUGUUUAUGCUAGGUAUAGUUGUGGUGUGGUUCAAUUUUGUAUCCUCUUUUUACGAAGUAACGAGUAUUUAAAAGUAUUGAGAUGCAACCUUUGCUAGUCUUAUUAUAACACCAACAGUAACGAAAGUGCCAAGGGUGUUUCACACUUAGUAGGAGGGUUGUGAUUAUUUUCGUAGGUUAUCUUAUGAAUUUGUACGAAUGCAAUAAGUCUUCUGAUAGUCAAAAGGUUAUCUGCCCGAUUCGAACUAAGAUACGUUAAACAUUUGCUAAAGAUACGAUAUGGAUUAGAUGAUUAAGUCAUUGUCAAAAGUGAAGUUUCUUCAAAUAAAAACAUUACUUUUUUUUGUUAGAUUGGCUUUUGCUGCCAGGGCACUUUGCCAACGACAAGUUUAUUAGGGACAAACUUAGGAGUGAUUUAGCCCAGAAUUUUGAAUUUAGAGAAUUAUAUACAUAACAUGAAAGAUUAAACAAUAUUACAUUAAGAAUAAACACAUAUAGCUGUAUACAUACAAAAUAUUUAAAGACUUAUAUUAUUUUUAAAAACAUUAUAGUAAAAUUUUUUUAAGGUUGCAAUAGCGGUCAUUGACUUGACCUUUAUCCCGAAAUCGUAAUUUUCUAGCGAUAAAUAAUCUAUCUAUACAAAACUGUCGCAAAAAUGUCAUCCCUUGUGUUUCAUAGUACAGGGAGCAGAAAUCGCAAACCUAAAAUAAUAGAGUUGUGAUUUUAUUAGUACUCUUUCAUAGAACAGAAAAAGGAAUUAAGGUAAGUAUUUGAAAAAUAUUUAUAUUUUUUAUUGUUUAGCUAUCGAACAUAAGAAAGUAAAACGUAACCAUACUCUAUAUGUUUAGGUAUUCAAAUAAAAGUAAACAAACAAUUUUUACAUUUCCGUGUAGGUAUAGGCAGUUAUAACAUUUAUUGGUUAACACUUUCGCGACUAGACAAAAAAGUGAGACAUACUCCAAGGACCACUAGCACCCACUAGUUAGGUUCCGAAGUACCUAUACCGAUACAGACAGAGAAAAAUAAGCUGGUAGUCUUCAAUAUAUAAAUAAGUAUCACAACUAAAAGCGUAUACACCACCACGUACCACGAACAAUUAUCGAAUGGUUCUAAUUGCAUUUUGGUUUACCUGUCGGGGGAGUUUUCAAAAACACCACGUCUAAUGGGAAGAUAAGACGUAAACAAGAUAGCGCAGAUAAAGUAACUACUUGUUUUUGUCAAAGAAGUUUCGAGUUUAUUACUUGUGCAUGAACAUACGAAUUACAAUAACUUGUCAAUGCUACAUUGUACGUUUGUACUAAGUAGUAAAAGAUAAUCCCUGUAGAUGCAGGGCCGGCCCGCUUUCUAAAUGCAUAUAUUGUUAUUUAUAUUUUUGUGUCUAGUUCAAAAUGUUAUUUUCCAUUAUCUGGUUAUUGGCUCCACGUUGUCUUUGAAAUAACAUUAGGUAGGUUUAGAUAAAAAGGUUUAAAUUGCCUUGUCGCCAGACGAUACUGGAAAAGUAAAAUAAAUAUAACCGGACCGAGUGUGCCCCACCCCUGACUCUCGACACUCAUAAAAUGUAAGGCUGUGGUAUCGCCGGCCGCGGAUAGCUGAGUAGUUAGCGGGUACUGCCGGCGGUGUUAGUGCUCAGUUGAUGUUUUUAUUAUUAAAAAUUACUUCAUCUCCAUGUAGAAAUAAACAAACAGACUUAAACGUAUUUAAGAUUUAUUUUUGGAUGUAAAAAUGACAUAUUAUCAUUAAAUUAACACUUGCAAUGACACCCGUACGCACCUAAUGAGCUCUUGGCUCCAUCCUACCCUGUAUUAUGAUACACAAGCGAUGAAUUUUUUGCGACAGUUUUGUAUAGAUAGAUGAUUUAUCGCUAGAAAAUUACGAUUUCGGGUUAGGGGUCAAGUCAAUGACCGCUAUUGCAACCUUAAAAAAAUUUUACUAUACAUAUGACUGACAUAACCAAUCUUUAAGAAAUUUUUGACGUUUCUUAAAGUUGGAAUCGGGCGGUAUGUCGCUAAUGUUAUCUUAAGAUCAUUGUUUUAGAAUUGCCCAUUCUGUACCUACGCAUUUUCAAUCUGAAAUGUAACUAGUGACUUCAUACAUUUCUCACUGUCAGAAGAUUCAUAGGCGAAGAGGUACAUUUCGGGAAGUUGCAUAGUUUUAGAAAAUGUAAGGGCAACUUUUGUAUUACUACGAAUUCUUAAGCAGUUAAUUAUAUUAUCUUCAGUAUAUUUGCACUGCACUGAUAUACCCAGUGAUUAGCGACAUGUAACAGUACUAAUUAACCUAUUGUGAUCUGGAGAAGCUCAAAUUUUGUAGUUUUUUAAUAAAACUAGCCUUGAACUAUUGCGUCAGACCAAGUAUUAUGUAACUGCUCUGAUUAGCUUAGCUUACGCUUUAAACUGAAGAGUUUAUGGGUAAUAUACGUUCAAACCGAUGUCAUUAUCCCAGGUUGUUUCCGCACAUCAGAGGGCCUAACCAAGAUGCCAAUCGUUUGCGCCGAACAAAUUGGUAAUGUUUCUCUAUCAUGUGCGACAGAGACAUUAGCGUUUCGUUCGUUACCGCGCAAACGAUUGGCAUCGUGGCUAGGCCCCCAGAGCGUUAACCUUUUGACCGCUACCGACAUCUGAAAGACUUGCCAAGCACGCCAACGACGGCUACAGCCGACAGUUUCGCCAAUGCAAUAGGGACUAACGCGGGGCUCCGUAAAGUUCAAUUUGGCUUAAAUAAUCGUGAUCGCCUGCGUCCGGGGCACGGCAUGUUCCUUCGCCGUGUGGCAUUCAUAAGGUUAAGGAGCGUGCAUAAACUGUAGGGGGCAGCACAGAAGUGCUAUUGGCGCGUAGUAUAAUGGCAUACUUACGUUUUCGAUUUUGGUGGCAGACCUCUAACACGCAGUCCCUAUUGCGAUCUCUUUCCAUCGCAUAGGUUACUGCGUUCUGUAGAUUAAUCCAAGUAGUACAGCUACACAUAUUCUGAUUUAUACCGAGAGCGGAAACUAGAUUAAGAUUACCAAAACCAGCAAGUUAUUUUCCAAAAUUCAGGAUAAUGGCAGCGGUUCGAAUUUAAACUCGACAAUAUCGAUAGGGAUCUUAUGCUUUAAUGACGUUACGGCAGGAUCCUGAAAUGUUAAUUGGUCAGAUCGCCGUCAUUUUUAUUCAUAAUCUGUUCUGAUUGGCUGACGACUUAUGCUUCCCUAUUAGUAAUCGAUUAUAUACUUAUUAUAUAAUUUAUAGAAAGUUGCCAUAAAAUUUAAACAUUUGUUGUCAAAUUAUUUUAUAGAAAUCAUUCGGUUACUUAUGACUUUUGUCUGUUGUGAAUUUUGUACCAAAUGUUUAUUGGGUGAAACAAUUUAUUUAAUGGUGAUAUUAGUUGUAUACAUUAUGAAAUCUUGUUGUAAUCCAUGUACUUUAGUGUUAUCAGUCUUCUAACAGUGUAGUUUUUAGUCCCUAGUUAUUAUAUAAACGUGUUAUGUGUACAGACCAGACCUUUAACAAUAUACGGCUACUUAAUACAA